AUGAAUUACUUACCUGUAAUAUCUACAGGUGCUGAUCUAUUGCUAUUAAUUGCAGUGGGAUACUUCCUUGUAAAACUGAAAGUUAUAGCAUUCUCCACCAUUGCUGCGACAAAUAGAUUCCUUUUAACCAUGUGUUAUCCAUUAUUAAUUUUCAGAUCUGUUGCAAAAUCAAAGUUUAACAACUUAGAUUUCAUGCCAAUGAUUAUAGGUACAUGCAUUGUCUUAGGUAACUAUGUUCUAUGUGGCGUUGUUGUGUUUUUUGUGAAAAAGCAAAAAUUUUAUUACUAUUUAAGCACUGCAUUACCUGUUUGCUAUACAAAUUACCUUAUCAUAGGUCUUCCGUUCUUCCACGUUAUAUGGCCAGGUUUAGAUGACUCAAUGGUAACCAUCAUUAAUCUUACAAAUGAUGUAAUAGCAGUUCCAAUCUUCCUUAUUAUGGCUAAUAUCUACCAAGUACAAGAGCACAACAGAAUACAUCGCGAAAAGAAUGAUGGCCAGGUUGAAAAAUUCUCAUUCAAGCUGAUUUUAACCAUUAUAAAGAAUAUAUUACUAAACCCCAUCAUGUUCGGCAACAUUGCAAGCUUUAUCUGGUGCGCUACUGGCUGGGAAAUUCCAACAUAUAUUAUGAGUACAGCAAACUUAGCAGCAAAUGGUGUUCUUGGUUUGUGUUUAAUAUGUGUAGGUGGUUUCCUUUCUCAAUUUGCACUUGUUGCAUGCCCAUGGCCUCAAUUCAUUUUCAUGGUCUUCAUGAGACACUUUAGCAUGUCAUUUGUUGGCGCAAUAUCAUGUUACAUCUUCAAAGUCAAACCAUUGCUUGCCAGACAAUGCACAUUAGUUGCAACACUUCCAUCUGCAACUGCAAGUUUCCUACUUUCUCAUAAUGCAGGAACAGGUCCUGGAGCUUCUUCCACAAUGAUUUUCUUCUCUACUGUAUUUUGUGUCCCAGCUUUGAUCGCUUGGCUUUAUUGUCUUGAUAAGUUGCACAUUUUUGUUGAUAAAUAG